GGCUACCCCCGAGGCGUGAACUUCCUGUUUCUCAAAAACGUGUGGUCUCGUAAUUUCGGGGAUGUUUCGAAUGUAUGGUGCUGGAAUAAUGAGCUGUAAUUUAUCUUACGGAAUGGUCUUUUAAGAAUAGCGUGAACGACAGCUACAGAAAAGAACAUGGUUUGGAUCAGUCGUGUUUGUCUGAGGAAGUACGGCGGCUUUGUGGACAACCUCCGGCUGUAUGUGAAAGGGGGCAGCGGAGGCAUGGGGCUGCCCCGCCUGGGGGGCCAAGGAGGGAAAGGCGGCGAUGUGUGGGUGAUAGCCAAGGAGAGUAUCACUCUGAAGAAAGUCAAGGAUAUGUACCCCCAGAAGAGGCUGGUGGCAGGAGUUGGCACCAACAGCAGCAUCCGCGCUCUGAAGGGCGACAAGGGAAACGACCAGCAGGUUUUUGCCCCGACCGGCAUUGUUGUCACCACCGACGACAGGAGAAUUCUGGGGGAGCUGAAUGCUGUGGGCGAUAAGGUCCUGGUGGCACGAGGAGGUCAGGGCGGGUCCUUCCACAUGGGAUACCUGCCCAAUAAAGGCCAGGCUCGGCACAUCCGGCUGGACCUGAAGCUGAUUGCCGACGUGGGCCUGGUGGGGUUUCCAAAUGCGGGUAAAUCGUCACUACUGGCUAAACUGUCCCACGCCCGGCCUCAGGUCGCCAGCUACCCAUUCACCACUCUAAGACCAGAACUUGGGAAAAUCAUGUACAACGACUACAAGCAGGUGUCUGUAGCUGACCUUCCAGGGCUGAUUGAAGGUGCUCACAUGAACAAGGGCAUGGGCCACAAAUUCCUGAAGCACGUGGAGAGGACCAAGCAGCUGGUGUUUGUGGUGGAUGUCUGUGGUUUUCAGCUUUCAGCCAAAUCCCCGUUUAGAACAGCGUUUGAGACAGUGCAGCUCCUGACCAAGGAGCUGGAGUUGUACAGUGACGAGAUGCUGUCCAAGCCAGCAUUUCUUGUGCUCAACAAAAUGGAUCUUCCAGAUGCAGAGCAGAAGCUGGAGGAGUUAAUGGGACAGCUUCAGAACCAAAAAGACUUUGCCCACUUGCUGCCUGAUGCCAUGGUGCCGAAGAGCAGUUUGUCCUUCAGGCAAAUCCUGCCUGUCUCUGCGCUGACCGGGCACGGCAUCGAGGAUCUGAAGGCCUGCAUCCGGCAGACGCUGGACGAGCAGGCCGCCGCAGAGACAGCGGACCUGCACCGAGCUUGUCUACAGGAGCUGCGGGAGACGGCGUGGCCUAACUCACCCAAAGACUCAACUGGCACAGUCUGACAUGCUCCCCUCUGGCUAGGCGCUCGACUCACUUGGUCUGAUGCAUUUCAAAGCCUUUAGGAGCCUGCUUAGCAAUGGCGAGGUACGUCACUUGUUUGGAGUGCAGUGCGGGACCCAUCUCUGAGGAUCGUUUGCUUUGGUCUGAGUGAGUCAGAUGCUCUAGUGCGUCUCACUUGCUCUAGCCGGGCGGGGCCUCUUUAGCUGUGAAAUAACUGUUGUCGCUGUCGAGUAUAACAUCAUGAACAGCUGAGUUUUAUAUGCAGCAGGGGGACAAAUACUUAUAAAUGACCAAGACCCAUGCCUCUCCGUUUGAUAUUGUUUGGAUAACGUUUGUUAGUUAUUAAUAAAACUUGUCAGUACUAGGUA